UUUCACAUAGCCAUAAAGAGCCCUCCCAGCGUACCCAACUUUCUCUUACUGUACUGUCACGUUCACUUUUUAAAUUCGUCCCGGUUCUCCACUUUCUCUCUCCCCAAACACUAUUUUCUCUUCACUUUACCAUCUGCUUCCUUCCAUUUCUGAGUUCUGAGUGAUAGACAUUCGAAAGGCCAUUCGCCUUUGCCUUCCAUGGCGAAUAUUGCAAAGUACAUGCCUAUCAAUGCGGGAACGACUGUCACUACAGACUUGAAGAAUCUGUUUUCAGUAAUCAAAACAAGAAGAACAGUGGCUUUCUUCAUGUUUGCCUUUGUUGGUUUCACUGUUUUUUUAGCUUUUUUCCCUUCUUCAAACUCUUCUUCUCCUUGGGUUACCAACAUCUUUUCAUCAAGUUCCACCACUUCUGCUACUGCAUACGCUGGCUCUUAUAGAUCUCAGUUCUCUUCCCUCUUUAAUUACUUCUUUUCCAACACUUCUUCGCCACAACAACAAGGCCUUAACUUUACUACUUUUGAUUCUUCUUCUUCAAAUAAUAAUACCAGAUCUAACAACACUGCACCUCAAUUAGCCAACCCUGGAGAGGAGCUACUUUCUGAGAGAAACAUCAACAAAACCCGAUCUUUCGACAAAAAUAAACAACUCCCCAGUUCAAAAAACACAACUUUGCAGUCUCCUAACACAAGUACAAACAACACUCAAAGUACGGUUUUGCAGGCAAAUCUGCCCACAGUUUCUCCCCCCAGUGUGAGUAAAAAUCUGCCUCGCACAAGCAACCAGGCUGAAAAGAAAGAGAAUUCUGAUAAAGCUCAAGUUUUGAAGGCUAAUCAGACUACAACUGUCACUGAAAAAACUCGGGUGGUUGCUAAUGAGAGCACAAAUUCUCCAGCUAAAUUUGAUUCCUCCAACAAGGUAAGUUCUGGGAAGGGAGAGAAAAGUGUAGUGCAAAAAGGAACAGUGUCAAACUACACAGCAUCCCUCACAAAGAAACAGGGGAAUGGGAAGAACCAAGGGAAUGGAAGUGGUUCAGGGCUGUCAGCUAAACAGGGGAUUGAGAAUUUGAUAGAGUCUUUGAUGAAUUGCGAUUUGUUUGAUGGAGGAUGGGUGAAGGAUAACUCGUAUCCGCUUUAUAAACCAGGGUCUUGUUCGUUUAUUGAUGAGCAGUUUAGUUGUAUUGUCAAUGGAAGGCCUGAUAAAGAUUAUCAGAAAUUCAAAUGGAAGCCUAAAAGCUGCACUUUGCCAAGAUUGGAUGGCGGUCACAUGUUGGAUUUAUUGAGGGGGAAGCGGCUUGUUUUUGUCGGCGACUCCCUGAAUAGGAAUAUGUGGGAAUCUCUAGUUUGCAUCCUGAGAAACGCUGCAAAAAAUAAAAAAAAUGUUUAUGAAGCUAAUGGAAGAAACUAUUUCCGAGGGGAAGCUUCCUACUCUUUCAUAUUCAAAGAUUAUAACUUCACUUUAGAGUUCUUUGUAUCUCCGUUCUUGGUCCGAGAAUGGGAAAUGCCAGACAAAAAUGGAGCGAAGAAGGAGACACUGCGGCUUGAUCUUGUCGGAAAAUCAUCUGAUCAAUAUAAAUCGGCAGAUAUCCUCAUCUUCAACACAGGGCAUUGGUGGACUCAUGAGAAAACUUCCAAAGGGAAAGAUUAUUACCAAGAAGGUAGUCAUGUUUACAAUGAAUUGAAUGUUCUUGAGGCCUUUCGGAAAGCUUUGACAACAUGGGCUAGAUGGGUUGAUGCCAAUGUAAAUCCUACGAAAUCUAUGGUGUUCUUCAGGGGUUAUUCUGCUUCUCAUUUCAGUGGCGGGCAGUGGAAUUCAGGAGGAGCAUGUGAUAGCGAAACUGAGCCUAUCAAGAAUGAGACAUAUCUAAAGCCAUAUCCACCAAUGAUGUCGGUCUUAGAAUCGGUGCUUAAGGGGAUGAAAACGCAUGUCACCUACCUAAAUAUUACCAGAUUGACUGAUUUCCGAAAGGAUGGCCACCCAUCAAUCUACCGGAAACACCCAAAGCAACAGUUGUCGGAGGACGAAAGAAUAGCACCUCUAAAAUACCAGGACUGCAGCCAUUGGUGCCUUCCUGGUGUACCAGAUUCAUGGAACGAGCUUUUGUACGCUGAGCUCCUUGUGAAAGAAAACAAAAUGCGACAACAUCAAAGGAGAGCUAGGUAAUAUAAAUCAUACAAACUUUGAUCUGUUUCGAGUCGAAUCACAUAUAGGCAGUACAGAUUUUUCGUUCAUUUUGAAAAUUGUAGAAACAAACAAACAUAAAAAGGAUAAGAUCAAAUAAGCCUUCUUUUUCCCACUUAUAAAUUAUGGAAGUGUGAUAACGGAUAAAUCAAGCACUAUUCUUAGAGAGAUCAAUCUGUACUGUAAUAAUUUUUCCUUGUUGAUAGUAUAAUUGAAAGUAGAGAGGAUGGUUUUGGAUGUUUUAAGAUUUGGAGAUGGAAAAUAUAUCCUUCCCCUCCCUUGCCACCUAAAAUAUUUUUUUAGCCUCAAAUUUACUUUGAGGAUUGUAAAUCUCCUUUAGUUUAUUUAAUUUAAAAAUAAAAUUGCAGUGGAUGGUUUCU